GAAUUAAAUGCAAAAUGGUAGCUAGCAGCAAAUUGUUUUCGUUGGGUUGCCUGAUGUCAAUACCAUAGUACUAUGGUGAUUGCGCGUUAUUGAGAAAAAAAACACACAUAUUGAAUGAUUUUCUCUUCUGAACGAACGUAAAUAUGAAGAUAUAUCGAAGAGAGAGUGAAUUGGUUGAAAAUGUAUACACUGAACAUUGCCACUACACACAGGCAAGCCAGUCACUGAGUAAGUUCACAACAGUGAAGAAGAAAAACAUAUACAUGUUGUGUGUAGCCAAUAACAUAAAGUAUAGAGAGAAAAAAUAUACUGAACAGAGAAACGAAACAAUACACUGAAAGCCGAACAUUUUUUUGUGAUUUUUUUCUUUCUCGCUGGUAUGUUGUCUUUCAUUCUGCACUAAAACACAGAUGAAUUCAUCAAUUUUUUUUUCAGAUCAAUAACUAAAGAGAUUUUUGGAAGAUGAGUGUAGUUGUAUGUUUAAUUUUGCCUUAUUGCAUGAUGUGAAAAACAGUGUGCGAGUGUGUAAAAAAUAUUAAUGGUGAAAAAAAGUUGAUUUCGGAUUUACCAAUUCGUUUGUUUUUUUUAUCAAACAGUACGAGAUAUGUUAACUAUGUGGCGUGCACAAACAUAAUUGCCGGGAGAAGAAAAAAACAAAUUAUUCAACAUUUAAGCUACUGAAGGAUCAACUCAAACUAUGAAAAAGUCUGAAAUGAACCACGAGAAAGUGAGACGGAUCGAACCAGAAUUACAAUACAAAAAAAAAUGCGAAUGAAAUCCACCAAUCCACUCUAUGCUGAUACAAAAUUUUAUGAGAGUUUGUAGUCAAUCCCCAGGAAAAUUCAAUUCAAAUGUCCAAUUGCUGAUUUUUUCCGAAAACGAUGAUUUAUCUAAAUCAGAAUUCACUUGAAGUUAUUGUGCAAAUGAUGUCGUGUUUUUGUAUUUUUGUGAAAAAAUGUGUAGUCGACAAAAGGUGAAUAAAAUGUAUCAUUGAUCUUCGAAUAAAAUUUAGAUUGAAAAGCAGAGCAUGCAAAAAAAAAAAAACAAUAUACUCUACACUAUGAAUCUAAAUUGAUCAAAUUUUUUGUGUGUUUGAAUUCCAGGUAACCAAGUUCAUUUACAAAAUAAGGGAAUUGAAUGUGAAACCAAAUGGAAUUAUGCGAAAAUCGAAGUGUUCAAAGUCUUAACGAAGUUCAAUUAUGACUUGUUGUUUAUCAUUUGGUUCAAAUCGGUGUCGAAAAUUUGUGUUAUUCCCUGUCUUAUUUAAGCAUGAAUCUAAAUAGUCGAUAAUCCAGUGAAAACGAUGACGAAAUCGACGAAAAGAAAAUAAAAAUUAUCGAUUAAAAAUAUAUUACAACUACUACGUGAAUUAUCGGAAUAUUAAGAAAAAUUGGAUUCAACACACUAAAAGAGUGGAUAAAAUAGAAGCAGAAAAUCUGUGUGAAAACCAGACACAAUCAAUAUAAUUGCUAUGAUAUAUGUAUAGGAUUCGAUACAUAGAAGAGGAUAUGUCGAUUAGCCAGCACAAUCAGACAUAUACCGUGGCUAAUAUAAUAAAACUAAAUGGCUGCGGCUAGCGCUGGUGCGACACAAACAGGCUAUUUGUCUGGAGCAAUUGCAUCAUCGCCAUCACACUUACAACAACAUCAUUCCGAACAACAACAUCAACACAGUUUAGUUGGGUCUGCAUUUGUUGGCCAACAAUCAAAUUAUGUGCAGCGGCUAAAUGUCGGAAAUUAUUUAAACGUUAAACAGCAUGCAUUAAAUAAUAGCGCAAAUGUUGCUCCCGGUUGGCGCAGGCAACUCUCCGAAGGCGAAAUCGUCUAUUUUAGUCCGUCUGGUGCAGCUUUACGAAAAAUUGAGCAAAUUAAGGAUUAUUUGUUAAGGCAUGGUACAUGCAAAUGUGGUUUACCAUGUCCUCUCCGGCCCGAUUAUUUUUUCGAAUUUAAUCCUCAGGUUCCUAAUUCGCCAUUACAAAUACCUCCAGGACAAACAUCAAAUCCUACAUCAUAUUGCUUGCAUCACACUAGGCUAAUUGAGGAACAUAAUCAUUUAUCAAAAGUUGUAGCCGGUCAGUCAACCAACUUCAGCCAUUAUUUAUCAUCAAAUCAAAAACUGAAUGUGAAUACUGUAUUGAAUACCGGUUCAAUUUCACAAGCUUCGGGUCAGGAUGCAGUUUUCACGUCGAAACAAAGCGACACAUUGGAAAAUCAAAUUGAGAGCGUAACCGUGUCCCGAACGCCUCCAUGGCGAAAGAAUUCCAUUUUGAAUCAACAACAACAACAGCAACCAUCGCUACAAAGUGUUGUUGGACAAAACAGUGAAAAUACCACCAUAUCGAAUGCCAACAGUCGUGUGCCUCCAUUACCACAGCAUCUAAUGCAAACACAAACGCAACCACCGUGGCAAAAUGAAACUCAAAAUCGGCGCAUUAAUGCGAAGAAACGACCAAAUUUUAAAGAAGAUCCAACCGGUUAUCUUAACCAUCAAACCGCCAUUCUUCAUAGCUCGAUUCUCAAUGUUCAUAGUCCGGAACUACAGGACAAUGAAUCGACUGAUUCUACAUCACAAAAUACUUAUCGCCAAUCGCCGAUGCAGACCAGCCGAAGCUCACGUUCGUCGGCUGAUACGGUUAAUUUGGUGAAUAGCCAAAAUAUGCCGAGUGAAAUCGCCUCCAAUGACAAUGAUGAGCAGCAACGAAUGUCUGUGAUGCAGCAACAGCAGCAAAAUCAAAAUGUGUACAUACAGCAAUUUGAUAGUAAUAUCAUUUCAAAAAAUCAAAUGAUCAUUGGAUCCAAUGGACAACCGGUGCGGAUAGUGCAAAAUAUUUAUUCCAAUCCAAAUGAUUUUUCACCCAACUCAAAUAAUCCAACCGAGGCGCCGAUUUCACAUCCAAUCGCAAAAGGUAAUGAAUUUAUUGGCGGAAAGCGCGUCCAAAAUCUAUUGAAAACACAAACAGUACAAAUUCAUGCAAAAUCCUAUCAUCAAUCAAAGUCGAACGCAGCAAUUAGCCAGCAGCAACCUCAAUCUCAACAAUUUUCUAGUCUUGGCCAAUAUCCAAAAGUAGUUACAACUCAGCAAACAAUUGUCAUGUCGCAAUCUGAUCAAGAAACAAGAGGAUCGAACAAAGAUGAUACCGAAAACAAUGGUCUACCGAUCGAUGUUACUCAUUCGCCGAAUGGUGUGGUCCAAGUUCAUCAUAACUGUGAUAUCAAUGAAGUGAAAAGCCAGCCACAAACUAUCUUAAUGAAAUCAAAUCAGUCGACAUGCAGCAUCAGCAAAUCAAAGUUUAACGAUCACCAAUAUAUGUUGCCCCAAAAGCACAAUACUCUAACACGAGUUGUGUCUGUCUCACAGGAUUCACCCGUUUCAUCGAGUACGGUUAACAAACCGGCAUUAAUUGAAUUCCACUCGAACUUAACGACUGACAGAGGACCAUCACAGGUUGGUACUAUUUCGACGAGUAACGAGAGUCCACCGGUUUCAAGUCCGGAUACAUCCGUUACACUAGAAACAUCUGCAAUGAACCAUGAUUCACAAGCUGACAGCCAUCCGAAUAAAUUGCAUGCUAGCGUCUACGUUGCAGGGCAAACGAGUGGCAAAAACACUAUAACAUCAGUGCUUGCGGGGAAAGCAAUGACAUCCACAACGACUACAAAUCAAUUUGGAUUGUCAAACGAUAGAAAUCGGUCACAUGACAGUGGGAUAAGUAUUCAAAUUCAUGAGAAUCGGAUUCUGCGACCAGCCCAAACGGUGCACUUAACCAAACAAACAAAUAAUACCACCGUUAAUACAAAUGUUGGCAUGAACAUUAAGAAUUCCAAUAAUCGAACGAUUCAUCCGAUAGUACAGGAAAAUACAUCAUCGACAUCAUCGCCAACGCAUCUGCCAAAUAUACAAAUUCAACAGCCGACCAAUCAAAUUAUCAUGACUUCGUCCGGGUGUCAAAUUUUAGUGAUGCCAACACAAAGCAACAAGAGUUCAAAUCAAAUGAUCAUUGGUCAGCCGACGAAUGCAAACACACUGGUUGUUAAUAGCGGGUCUGGUCAUCAACAAAACGUUACACUUAAUCCUCAAAAUGCGCACAUGAUCGGCAACGAAAUAAUGCAAGGGAUCAAUGAUAGCUCAAUCAAUGGACCAGCUCAUUCGAAUAUAAUACAAGGAGCAGGCAACAAUGUUGUCAUACAAAGUCCAAAUCUAAUGCAGCCGUCAAAUAAUGUGAUCACCACGAAUAAUGCAAAUUCAAACUACAUUGUUAGCUCACCAAAUGCCAUUCAACCGAUGUUGUUAAAUAAUUCAAAUUUGCUGUCACACAAUGCCAAUGUGUUACAUCACCCAGGUCAAAAUGUAAUACAAGGAAAUGCGAAUAAUAUAUUGGCCACAGCAAAUGCAACAAAAGUGCUUUCGAAUGCUGGAAACCUUUUGAGUCCAACCAAUAUCCUAACGAACCAGCCCAAUGUCAUUGCAACCAACAAUCAAUUCAUUGGAAGCAACAAUUCGGGCACCUUGCUGUCACCAAACAGCAGCGGCAUUGUACUAAAUCAACUCUCGAAUGCGAGCUACGUUAUUCAACCACAAUCGUUUACAACGGUCGAUGGUCAAGUAGUGAAUGUGAUUAAUUCGGACAAUGGAAACCAAUUUGUGCAGCAAACGCAACAGAGAAUUAUUUUAUCGCCGGAUUCGAAGCGACGUGUUAAGAAACGAAAGAGCACAUCGGUAUCACCACAAAGUAAUUCACCUCAACAAUCGCCAACUAUUCAAACACCUUCACAACAGGCUACGGUUCUUCAAAUCACUCCACAGUAUCACCAAUCUCAAAGUUUCCAAACAACGAUUGAGCAACAAAUUCUACUUCAAAACGGACAAACCAUUUUACAGCCAUUGAAUUUGAUCGGCCAACAGUUGCUGGUGCCUGCCGGACUGAUGAUGACAUCAGACACGGUGCUACAGAUCCAAAACGUUGCUCCAUGUAGUCUUCUCACCCCGCAAGGCAUUGUUCAGAAUAAGAGCUUUUUAUCGCCGAAUAGUGCAAAUCAGCAGUUUAUCGUAAACGGGCAGAUUAGCCCAAUCGGUCAGAUGUACGCUAGCACACCCGUCGGUUUAGUCGUUCCCCAAUCGAAUGGUCCGGCAUUCGUUCAACAAAGUACAACUAUUGUUCAACAACAAACGACAAUGAUGAAUAACAGCAACUCGAUGAGCGAACCGGAGCUGUCAGCGAAUAUACCUCAAUCAGUUAGCACACAAACAACGCAGGCUAAUACAGUCACUACAUCACCUCCCGAUACCACGACUCACAGUCCACGUAGUCCCGAACGACCGGAGAGCCAGAGAAGCAUCGCAAGUGAUAUAAAUAUGGUCCAAUUUGUUUCGAGUUCGGAACCUGACUCAGUGGUCUCACCUGUGGCUGACAGUGCCCAAUCACCAUCGAGUGAUUAUGAUCGCAAUACCAAUAAUUCGUAUCCAAUGACUUCCCUAUUCAAACCAAACGAAACGAAAUUCAGGCGUAUUAAGACACCCACACCGUAUUCUAACAAUGGAAAUGUGUUCAAAAUGAAACCGGAUUCGCAUGAAUCAUCGCAAAUAUCACAAGCAGCAAGUGCCAACUCAAAAUCAACCAAUCCGUCAAAUGUGUGUACAAGUCCACCGACUACGUUCUCUGUUGGUGAACUGGUUUGGGGAGAUCCUAGCCGAGGGCCCGUCCGGGGCCACACCGCUUGGCCGGGAAAAAUCGUAAAAAAUCCGACUACAAAUAGUUAUACACCACAAAGUGAUUCAACAUGUUGGGUACGAUGGUUUGGCGGUAAACCAAGCAUUGAACUGGUUCAAAUUUCAUCACUGAAAAGUUUGUCUGAAGGAUUGGACGCUCAUCACAAAGCGCAAAAGGAUAAUCGAAAGGGCCGAAAAUUGAACUCACAGCUGGAAAAAGCCAUUCAAGAAGCGAUGACAGAACUGGAUCGUAUUCCGACAACGACCACGACCGCACCUUCUCCCGUAUCACAAGUCAAGAGUCUAACAGUUACUACUCCAAUUUCAUCGAAAACAACGCGCGCUCGUAUAACAAGAGCUACAACCGCUCAACAAAAGACUAAAUUAAUCAGAAUUGCUCCUAAAAAUAUGACAGAGACGGAGAGACCGCGGUGAUAACUCGGAUUUCUAUCGCAAUCGGAUUAUUUUUCGACGUGCAACAAGUAUUCGAUGUGUUUGCGCAGCAGGCUGCUUCUUUAAAGUGUUAUGUGCUUAAUAUUUCAUAUCUCGUGUUUUGUGAAUUGGAACGAAUUCAUUUUAAUAUUCAAAUUGAAUUGCAAAUGUUCGACUACGUUAUUCUUCCCAUUUCAUUGACACAAUCAGAGCAAAUGUAUUGAUGGAAAUUAGCUGCACUUUAUACAAAGAUCUGACUAUUUAACCUUUAAUUUUAUGAAAGUAUAUAUGUAGAAUGGCAGAGAUUGUGUUAUAUUAUCUCUAUAUUGCAGCAGCAUAUAUCUUGGAUGGCUACGAUCUAUUUCAUUUUCUCUGCUUCUAUCGUGUCAUUAAGAAGAAAAAAAAACGAGCUGAGCUCAUUAUCAAAACUACAACAGAAUCUCGCCCUAUUGGCGAUGUUUAUCUUGAGAAGAAGAUAAUAAUUGAACAACUAAAUAACUUCCACGUGGCUUAAAGCAAGAUUAAUUAACAACCAUCAAUCUGUUAUUACAAAAUGUGUAUUUAUUCCUCGAAAUAAUGAACAACAAAAUAAUUAUUAUGACAACAUGUAUAGAUAUAGGUUAUGUAGAAAACUAAUAUAUCUUCUUUUUUCUUGGCAAAGAUGCAAAAAGAUGAAAGUAACAAAGGAAGAGAUGAAGCGUUUAUUAAAAUAGAAGUCAUGUCACACAGAAAUCACAUGCAAUUCGAUUGGAAAACGCAGUUUGUGAAUAUGCAUGCGAUCUCUGUAUGGUAUAAUCUUUUUGUAUAAAUGUUUUAUAUAAUUGUUGCUUUAAAAUUGUUUUUUUUUUUAAUUCCUAAAAUUUUCGAUAACUUUCUUAGUUUAAGCCUAAGCUAUUAAAUUAUUGUUUUACCCUAUAUAUAUAUAUAGUAAUAAAUAUAAUGAAUUAUGAUAAUAUAAAACCGAUGUCCCAUUAACAGAUAAUAUGAACUUUUAAUGAUGAAAACAUCUUACUUGAAUAUGAAUGGAUACGGAUUUAACAAA